UAAAAACGAUUGUGCAGCUCAAGAUGUGAGAUAUCUCCUCUUUUGCUUAUAUAAUUUAAGUUUGAUCUUGAACUCAGUUGAUCUCUUCUAUCUUCUAUCGUAUCUAAUCAGCCGGGUGUCUGUCGAAAUCGAAGAAGAGUUAUAUAAUAAGCAUUACACAUUAUUUUUAAAUAGUUAUAUUGCAAAUUCAAACAACGAAUCAAAUAUCUAAUAUGGCGAAUCAAAUUAAGGUAGGAGUAAUAGGUGGCUCAGGUCUGGGUGAUUGUCUUCACAGAUCAUUCAAUUGUACCAAUACCAUAAGUCGUGAGAAUGCAAAAAAUGAUUUUGGAUAUCCCUCUAGUGAUCUUUACUAUGGAUCCAUUGAUGGAAUAAAUGUAGUGUUAUUAUCCAGACAUGGCGCAGGACAUAAGAUAAAUCCUACUGGAGUUAAUUAUCGUGCUAACAUAGAAGCAUUGCGACUUGCUGGAUGUACCCAUAUAUUGGCAUCUACUGCAUGUGGAUCAUUGACAGAAUCCAUCAGUAGAGGACAAUUAGUUGUGCCUGACAGCUUUAUAGACAGAACUUUUGCCAGAAAUACAUUUUAUGAUGGAACAUCUGUUAAAUAUAGCGGAGUAUGCCAUAUACCAAUGGAGCCUGCAUUUGAUCCACGAACAUCAGAAAUUUUGAUACAAUCAGCAAAAAAGUUAGGAUAUAAUAUAAGAAAGGGUGGGACCAUAGUAACCAUUGAAGGACCACGUUUUUCCUCUAAAGCAGAAAGUAAUGCUUUUCGUCUCUGGGGUGGACAUUUAGUUAACAUGACUAUAUGUCCAGAGGUAUUCCUGGCAAAAGAAGCAGGUAUCUUGUACGCAGCUGUAGCAAUGGCAACUGAUUACGAUUGUUGGAGAGAUUGUGAAGAUAAUGUUCAUGCAGCUGAUGUCGUUAUUGUAUUCAAACAAAAUGUUGAUAAAAUAACAAACGUAUUACUAGAAUCAGUAAAAAGUAUUGGUUCUGGAGAAUGGAAGCAGGAUAUGCUUAAAUUGAAGGAUCUAAUCGAAAGCAGCAAUGUGUCUUCAAAAAAUAAAAUUCCUUUUACAAACGGGAAUAUAAAAAUAAUAUACGUGUGUCUAUGUGUAUAUAUACAUAUAUACAUACACAUAAUCAUAAAUGAUAAUCAUUAAAGGCUAUAAAAUGUACAAAAUUUUAUUAUAUGCACAUCCAUGCGCACAAAUUCUUAUAUGUUUGUAUGAUCUUUUAUGAAGAAAGUUUUAUACAUAUUACAAUAA